GUUCUUCUCGGGUGGUCGCGUCGGGCUUUAAAACGGCCAUGACCAGCGCCAGUCCUCGUCAAAGGAUUCCGCCAAUAUUUUGCUAAGACAGAAAGUUCAAUUGAUUCUGAUUAACUACUAGAUUUUCUACUCUGUGCUCUAGAACCGAAGUAUACCACCUCCGAUACUUGCCAUCAUGAUGAACGCCGUGGUCAUUCACACCCCCGGCCCCCCUAAUGUCCUGCAGGUCAUACAGCGUCCCAUCCUGCAGCCGAGGCCGGGACAGGUGCGGAUCAAAGUCCAGGCAUUCGGACUGAACCGGUCCGAAAUGUUCACCCGACAGGGGCACUCGCCCGUGCAGUUCCCUCGCAUCCUCGGGAUCGAAGCGGUGGGUGUCAUUGACGCCGUGGGUCCAGAUACAGGUCUGGAGCAUCAGUUCCCCCUCGGGAGCACCGUUGCCACUGCCAUGGGCGGGAUGGGUCGCACCUAUGACGGCGGAUACGCAGAGUAUACGUGUGUGUCGGCGAAACAGGUGCAGAUCGUCAAGACCAGCCUGCCCUGGGGAGUGCUGGGCGCGUUGCCGGAGAUGCUGCAGACGGCGUGGGGCGCGCUGAUGAGGUCGCUUUCACUCAGGGCCGGAGAUCGGGUGCUGAUUCGAGGGGGCACGACGUCUGUCGGGCUUGCGGCGGCGGCGAUCGCGAAGACGCAUGGGGCGUUUGUGGUGUCGACGACGCGGAAGAGGGAGCGCGAGGCGAUGCUGCGCGAGUCGGGAGCGGACGAGGUCUGGGUGGAUGAUGGCGCGCUGGCGGGCCAGAUUGCUCGGUCCGGGGAGUUGUUCGAUAAGGUGCUGGAGCUGGUGGGGACGAGCACGGUGGCUGAUUCGCUGCGCUGCGUGAAGAAAGGGGGUACGGUCUCGAUCACCGGCAUUGUGGGAAAUCAGUGGCACCUCGAGAAAGUCAAUCCGAUGGAGCUGAUCCCGUCGGAAACCAAAUUGACGGUGUAUAGCGGCUCGGAUGAGGAUUUCAUGGCUACGCCGUUGAAUGAGCUGGUGAGGAUGGUCGAGGACGGCAGGUUGAAGGUGCGCGUUGGUCGGGUGUUUAAAAUGGAGGAGAUUGCUGAUGCUCACGAAUGUAUGGAGAGGGACGAGGCUCAGGGCAAACUGGUGGUGUUGCCAUGAUUGACCACUCUAGAGAAUAUCCUACGGAUAUGCCAGCGGGAAACAGUAUU